UAUCAUAUGAAAAAACACACUUCAUGAAAAACAUCAAUGAUACCCUUCCACAUCUUAAUUCAUCACAACACAACAUCUAAAACAAACUUCUUUAAAUAUCAGUACCUAGGAGAACUGAUAACAAGCAGUACAAAAGGAACGAUACCAUGGAAAGCAGAGUAUCGUAUAUGAAAUAGUAAGGGCAUUCCAAAUGACAAAAAUAUAUAUAUAACUAUCAAUAGCUCUAUUUGAAAGUGAAAAUGCUAAUUGAUGUGGUGAGGAAAAGAAGAUUACAGUUUUAUGGGCACAUAUACCGAAUGGAUACUAAGAAACCAACGAAGCAGGUCUUCAACUUACUAACCGGCUACAAAUCCAAACCUACACUGUUCACUGAAAUUGACAAUGAUAUGAAAUACACUGGACUUAGAAUGAACGUAAUAGAUAACAGAAUACUUCUUAGGGAAGCAAUAAUAGAUAACAGAAUACUUCUUCGGGAAGCAACCCAAAAGGCAGAAUUUCAUGGGAAAAAAGACGAGGUCUGCAAUCAGAAGAAAGUGAACCCAGGAAGAAACGGAAUAACAAUCUGGAAGGAUGAAGGAAGUCUGGAAGUAACGAAAAUUAACACAAAGAAGCUGUCGACAUUGAUUUCCUCGAAGAAUCUGCUCGAAAGUCCCAAUUAGUAAAUUUAAUGAUGUCAUUCAACUUAAAUACGAAAGUUAUAUGUCCUACAAGAUUAAACAGCUGUCUUGAUCAGGUUGCUACUAACACUGAUUGCACUGUAAAAAUUAUAAAUGUUGGUUUUUCAGAUCACAGUGCACUAACAAUAUAUUUUAAUCCACCAUUCAAUGUACUCCCAUCAGGAGAAACAGUUAUUAAAUGUAGAAGUUAUAGUGAUAGCAACAUAAACAACUUUGUACUUAGCUUAGAGAAAGAAGACUGGCAAAGUGUAUUUACUUCCUCAACAACAAAUGAAAAAUAUGACAAUUUUCUGCAGUAAUUUGAAUAUUACUUUAACUGCCAUUUCCCAGAGAAAACAAAGACUAUCACUAACAAAAAACAGAAUGCUUGGGUCACAAAAGGCAUUAAAAAUUUUAUCAGAAAAGAUGAGGCUGCUGCACAGACUUAGCAAACUCGACAGUGGCAAAUCCAAAGAGUUCAAGGUAUACUAUAAAAAUUACAAAAACGCAUA